CUUGCGUGGGAACAGGCCAGCGGGAGAUUUUUGGGUGUCUAUUUCGUAGUCACCCAGGGCCAGGCAGCCUUUAGUCUAGCAUGAGACAGCCGAGGGUGAGCACCCGAGUUUUCACACACUAAAGGUGCCGCAGGGAAGAACGCACUCCGGGGAUAACACCAACCGAGGCAGCGGGAUAGCGACCACCACCACCAUGUACAAGACCAGUUACCUGCGCGAGGUGCGCAAGGAGAAGUAUGAGCGUUCCGAUGUCUUUGAGGAGCCCUACGGACCUGAUGCAUCGGCGGGCACCUCAGCCAUCCAGGGCUGGGAGAGCCUGCAGGAGCUCAACAGCCGCUUCGCCCGCUAUAUUAACCGGGCACGUGUGCUGGAGCAGCGCAAUUCCGUGUUCCGCAAGCAGCUAGAGACGCUGCAGCGGAUGGAGGAGGCCAGCGGCCUUGAGGAGGCCUUUACCGAACAGAUUGGCCUGAACCGGCAGCGCAUCCGCGACCUCUCCGCGGACCAUGCCAAGCUUGAGCGUGAGCUGAAGGACGCAUGCCGCAUGCUGGACGAGUUCACCAACAAGUAAGUGAUGUCCUUGCCUUUGAAAGUGUAAGUGCAUGUGUUUGUGUGUGAGUCAGUAGGCUUAUGUGUUUUUCUUAAACGGAUGUGUGGGUCAGAGAGAAGGAAAGUGUGUAUAGGCCACCCUGCAUAAACAGGUGUCCUUCUCUAGACCAGAUGCAGUGUAAACUGUUUUUAUGCUGGUGAAGGCUUCCAGAUAACCUGAUCUUACCUCUGUGAUAAAUUGUCCACCUGCUAAAAGUUUGUCUUCAAUAAAGGUGUUUAUUGCCUUGGAAAUCAGCAGCUGCUGUGAGAUCAGUCAUGGUAAGUGUCAUGGAUUUCUAAAUUCUAACACCAAGAGAGGAUUUAGAUGAAUGCUGCACAGGUGGUUGUGUGCUGAAAAAAGGUAACCAACAGACAUUUCAAGUGCUCUCAAAGGGAGCCAGGUUGAUUAAGGACAAUGAAUAGUUAAUCAAUACAGACAUUGUAAAGACAGAAAUGCCCUAUAGAAGAAAAUCAAACAUGUUAUGUGCUCAACACACAAACUUGUGUAAAUAACAGAUUAAUAAAAGUUAGGCCACACAUAAUUGUGGAAUUCCUGAAUUUAUGUUUUGUGAUUUAUGUUUUCUCCUCCACAGAUACAGAAAUGAAUGUGAGUAUCAACAACAGCUGCGGGGUACAUUGGAACAACUCAACAAGGUAUAUGUGUGAGACUUAUGACAAUUUCCCAGUUUUUUGUUUGUUUUUAUUAUGAAAAAUGUGACUGAUUCUUUCUUUAGUUAAAAUACACAAAUAGGGGCGGUUUCCCGGACACAGAUUAAGCCUAGUCCUGGACUAACAUUUAUUUUUGAUGGACAUGCUCCAUUGAGCUUGCUUUUUAGUCCAGGACUAAGCCUAAUAUGUUUCCGGGAAACCUCCCAUAAUGUGCUAAACUGCUAUAAAACUGCUAAACUGUCAUGCUGCAUUAUUAGCGGCCUAGCCAUAAAAAACAUUGUGAGUAACGUUUUCUGCAUACCCCUGUGCAUGAAAGGGGCUUUGCAAUGUGGCACAAAAAAAGUAUGUGUUAUAUCAUCUGGUUAAUAACCUACAAGCUUUGUCCAGAGUGUUAGAAUCAUAAUUAAAGUGUGUAACUGCAACCCUGGUAGGACUGUGGUCUGUGAGACAAAGCUUAUGAGAUCAGGACAAUACAGUGUGAUGAUGGAACUGAAUUAAAAUUGUUUCUCAUAUCUGCUUCUCAGGAAGCUGACCAUACCCUGCUCAGGAACCUGGAAUUUCAGAUCCAGUCCCAGUUCCUUCAGGAUGACAUCAAUUCCACCAAAGACAGACACAGGAAGGUAAGAGGUGUACAACAUACAGUGCAUUCGGAAAAGUAUUCAGACCCAUUGACUUUUUCCACAUUUUGUUACGUUACAGCCUUAUUCUAAAAUGGAUUACAUUGUUUUUUCCCCCUCAUCAAUCUGCACACAAUACCCCAUAAUGGCAAAGAAAAAACAGGUUUUUAGACAUUUUUGCAAAUGUAUAAAAAAUAAGAAAAAAAUAAUCACAUUUACAUAAGUAUUCAGACCCUUUACUCAGUACUUUCUUAAAGCACGUUUGGCAGCGAUUACAGGCUUGAGUCUUCUUGGGUAUGACGUUACAAGAUUGGCACACCUGUAUCUCUCAUUCUUCUCUGCAGAUCCUCUCAAGCUCUGUGAGGUUGGAUAGGGAGUGUCGCUGCACAGCUAUUUUCAGGUCUCUCCAGUGAUGUUAGAUCGGGUUCAAGUCCGGGCUCUGGCUGGGCCACUCAAGGACAUUCAGAGACUUGUCCCGGAGCCACUCCUGAGUGGUCUUGGCUGUGUGCUUAGGGUCGUUGUCCUUUUGGAAGGUGAACCUUCGCCCCCAGUCUGAGGUCCUGAGUGCUCUGGAGCAGUACUUUGCGCCAUUAAUCUUUCCCUCGAUCCUGACUAGUCUCCAAGUCCCUGCCACUGAAAAACAUCCCCACAGCAUGAUGCUGCCACCACCAUGCUUCACCAUAGGGAUGGUGUCAGGUUUCCUCCAGACGUGACGCUUGGCAUUCAGGCCAAAGAGUUCAAUAUUGGUUUCAUCAGACCAGAGAAUCUUGUUUCUCAUGGUGUGAGAGUCCUUUAGGUGGCUUUUGGCAAACUCCAAGCAGGCUGUCAUCUGCUUUUUACUGAGGAGUGGCUUCUGUCUGGCUACUCUACCAUAAAGGCCUGAUUGAUGGAGUGCUGCAGAUAUUGUUGUCCUUCUGGAAGGUUCUCCCAUCUCCACAGAGGAACUCUGGAGCUCUGUCAAAGUGACCAUCGGGUUCUUGGUCACCUCCCUGACCAAGGACCUUCUCCCCCAAUUGUUCAGUUUGGCCGGGCGGACAGUUCUAGGAAGAGUCUUGGUGGUUCCAAACUUCUUCCAAUUAAGAAUGAUGGACGCCACUGUGUUCUUGGGGACCUUCAAUGCUGCAGACAUUUUUUGGUACCCUUCCCCAGAUCUGUGCCUCGACACAAUCCUGUCUCGGAGCUCUACGGAUAAUUCCUUCGAUCUCAUGGGUUGGUUUUUGCUCUGACCUGCACUGUCAACUGUGGGACCUUAUAUAGACAGGUGUGUGCGUUUCCAAAUCAUGUCCAAUCAAUUUAAUUGACCACAGGUGGACUCCAAUCAAGUUUUAGAAACAUCUCAAGGAUGAUACAUGGAAACAGGAUGCGCCUCAGCUCAAUUUCGAGUCUCAUAGCAACGGGUCUGAAUACUUAUGUAAAUGUAAUAUUUCAGUUUUUUUAUUUUUUAUGAAUUUGCUAAUAUUUCUAGAAACCUGUUUUUGCUUUGUCAUUAUAUGGUAUUGUGUGUAGAUUGAUGAGGGAAAAAAAAUGUUUUAAUCAAUUUUAGAAUAAGGCUGUAAUGUGACAAUCAAGGGGUCUGAAUACUUUCGAAUGCACUGUACACAUCACCUGCAAUCUAUUAUGAACUCAUUCUGCCUUUAUACUGUACAUUUAUAAAUCAGAUGUAUUGCAAAGGAAACCGAUAGAGUGUGCAUAGCAUACCACCUUUCAACUUCAAAUGUAGGAUCUUCAUUUGACCAAUUCUGUCACAUGGGUAAAAUAAUAGGAUUUGAUUAGGAAAGAAAGGGUGGUCGAUUAGAGUACAUAGACAUUGUGUACUGUACUCUAAUCCCAACCUUAUGAAAUACACCCACCCUGUAUGACAUUUACCUUUAUUUUCCUCAGUGUUUUGUGCACUGCGUAUGUGGAGUCCAGGGUCAAAUAAUUUAUUGGGAAAUAUCUCCCCCCGUAGAACCUGUCAGAGAUGCAGACCUACGUGAACAUCCUGCACCAGAUCAACCAGACGAUACACCUGGUGCCCAAUGUGGCCGUGGGCACCUCUGAGGUAAGGUCUCCCCCUUUCACAUGCGUCUGUCUGUGUCCAGGGGAACCAGCUGAUUCAGACCAGGGGUGUCAGACCAGAUAACAAUAGGGCCGCAAAGACGGCCAGUGGAACCAGCUACGUGUGCAGAACUUUGUGGAUAACCGUGUGUCCGUGACUGGAAAAUGUAUUGUGAUGCGUUCAAAUGUGUUCCAAUGUGUUGAGGUGUACUGACAUUUCUGUGAAGUUUGACUGCCUUUUAUAAUAAGCUUCUGUGUGUUUUGACAGGUCAUCCGAGCUCUGUGUGUCAUGUUGUCGCUCUGCAGAAAGUAUGCUGAUGCUGUCAGUUAGUCUGUAAGCUGUUUGCUUGUCUGUCUUUGAAGUUGCAAGUAAAGCACUGCAAAAUACUGUACGUUUUGAAUGCCUGUCUAGUUGUUCAGUGUGUAAUAUAACUGGCCUGUCUUGUCUGUGUGAUCUCUAUGUGUUAUAACUGGCCUGUGGUCCCUCUGUGUGAUCUCUAUGUGUUAUAACUGGCCUGACUUACCUCUGUGUGAAGGAGCAGGAGAAGCAACUGGCCCAGAUGAGAGUUCCAGCCCUGAAGAGUCAGCUAGAGGAGUUCAAGAGCGCCCUCUGCCAGCUCCAAGCACAGAAGCAGCGUCUGCAGUACGAGGUAGGUCCCUGUCUCCGUCACUAUGACAAUUUAGGAAGCAUAUCAAGCUCAAGUGUUUGAAAGUGUCCCACUCCAAAUCAAACCCUAGGCCCUACCCCCUAUGCAUAUUAGUCAGGAAGGGAGAUGAGGUAGCCGCUUUACUUGAGGUAGACAGUUGAGAUGUACCCAUGGAGUACAGUACAUACUGUAAAUUGGUUGUAGUUGCAAAGGGGUGCCAGUAGGUGCCAGUCAUCACCUUCAGAUCAGUGGGUAAAGGUGAUAAAAGCUACAGAGAAGCAGGAAAAUACAGGUGUAUCUCUUAGAAAACGAGAAAUAUUAGUACAAAAUAAGACAUAGAAAAAAGGACUCUCAAUGCCGACAUCAAACAUCCAAAAGUCCAUGUUUAUUUUCUCAAAGGUUGUGAAUCAAUUUAAUAAUAUAUUAGAUGAACAUCCCUUCAAAUUAGUUUUGUUUUGUUCCUACAGAUUAUUACUGAAGACAUACCUCAGCUUUACUCCCAAAUUAUGCUUUUCACUUUGUUCAUUUUCUGUAGCUUGUACCUCAUAGCUGUCUGUGUUCCCUAGAAAAAAGGUUUUCAAAUGGUGUUCUAUAACUGAAAUACUUUUUAUUUUAACAUUUUUGAAUAUAAUUGUUGCAAGAAAUCUAAACAUUUUACAGAAAUAAAUUAUCACAUAUUUCUCUAAAGACUCUAAAGAUUCAAUUUUCAAUGCGAGACAGGUUGCCAUGAAAGGUUCAAAACGUGUGUUGAACACCUUUGCAGUACUAGAGCUGUCUCCACAACGUCCUCAGACAGUACAGUAGUCAUGAGUUUCUCUUGACAAAAGUUCUGAUUUAUUCAGUCUUUGUAUAGCCAGACAGCUGGCACAUGUGGUAGUUCAGUGACCACAGUAAUCCUUCAACUGAAGUUAAUUCAGAUGCAAGAAUGACAAUGAUUGCAUAAAUAUAUGCCAUUUAGCAGACACUUUUCCGUAUGGGUGGUCCCAGGAAUCGAACCCACUACCUUGGCAAUACAAGUCCAUGCUAGUAUGAAAAAUGUAUGCACUCACUAACUGUAAGUCGCUCUGGAUAAGAGCGUCUGCUAAAUGACUAAAAUGUUAAAUCUAUUCCAACUGAGCUACAAAGGACCACAAAAAUAAAUAAUCAGAGUUAGGCAGAAAAUGUAAGGGAUAGUUCACCCAAAUUACAAAAUGACACGUUGGUUUCCUGUUUCCCUGUUAGCAGUCUUUGGACUAAGUAUGACAGCAAUCCAUGCUUUGGUUUAGAUUCCCUGGCAGUGGCUGGCACUGUUUCCAAAUGCUGAUGUUCCAAUGAUCUUUAAGUGACUUUAGUAAGCUUCACAAUCAAUUUUAGAGACUUUCGGAUGUUUUGGACAUGAUGCGUAAAGAUUGCUAAUAGGUCAUGACUUGAAUGGGAUUUGUGCCACAAAUGCUAAAACGUUAGCAUUUGGAAACAGUGCCAGGGAAACUAAACCAAUGCAUGGAUUGCUGUCAUACCUUGACCAUAGAGGCUUUACAGGGUAAGGAAACCAAUAUGUCAUUUUGUAAUUUGGGUGAACUAUCCCUUUAAGUUUGGUUGUCAUUAGCAUAACUCUUAAUGGAAAUAUGAAAUACAUUCCGUUUCGUUUUAAGAAGCAGUUUACAGUAUCUCUCCAUCCAUCCGUCUGUCUGUCUGUCUGUCUGUCUGUCUAUGUCAGACGUCAGUGUUGGAGAGUUCCAUCAAGAGCACCCAGGAGAGCUAUGACGAUGAGAUCCAACUGUACAACGAGCAGAUUGAGUCUCUGAGGAAGGACAUUGAGGAAGCCGAGAGAUCCCUGGAGAAAUACACAAAUGAGUGCCGCCACCUGGCCAUGUACCAGACCUCACUGGAGAAUGAGCUGGAGAGGUACAAGAGGAUCAUCGAGAACGAGGACAACAGGUAAUUUUCUAACCACAACACACAGUGAUCAGCAUCCUACUGCUACUGGAUGUAGGCAGCACUUCAGCGUAUUGUCUCUUGGCAAUCCGGUAGUAUAAUAUACUGUAUCAACCACAUGGCGGCAGUUUGGGAUAUUAUAUUUGUGUGUUUUCCACCUCACAGAUUUGUUCGAUAAUGGUUGAAUAUCUUUUCAUAGUGUUAUUUAUUUUUUAUGUAUUAUUUAAUCCCCUUUAAUAUCGCCUGAUCUUUCUUUUGUUUACUGUAUUAACAUGUUUUCUUGUCAGUCUCACAAUGCAAAAAUCGCAAAGUAUACUGAACAAAAAUAUAAAUGCAACAUGUAAAGUGUUGGUCCCAUGUUUCAUGAGCUGAAAUAAAAGAUCAAAGAAAUGUUCUAUAUGCACAAAAAACGUAUUUCUCUCAAAUGUUGUGCACAAAUGUGUUUACAUCCCUGUCAAUUAUCAUUUCUCCUUUGCCAAGAUAAUCCAUCCACCUAACAGGUGUGGCAUAUCAAGAAGCUGAUUAAACAGCAUGAUCAUUACACAGGUGCACCUUCUGCUGGGGAAAAUAAAAGGCCACUAUAAAAUGUGCAGUUUUGUCAAACAACACAAUGCCACAGAUGUCUCAAGUUUUGAGGGUAUGUGCAAUUGGUAUGCUGACUACAUGAAUGUCCACCAGAGCUGUUGCCAAAUAAUUGAAUGUUAAGUUCUCUACCAUUAGCCGCCUCCAACAUCGUUUUAGAGAAUUUGGCAGUAUGUCCAACAGGCCUCACAACCGCAGACCACGUGUAACCACGCCAGCCCAGGACCUCCACAUCAGCUUCUUCACCUGCGGGAUAGUGUGAGACCAGCCAGCUGAUGAAACUGUGGGUUUGCACAACCAAAGAAUUUCUGCACAAACUGUCAGAAACUGUCUCAGGGAAGCACAUAUGCGUGCUCGUCGUCCUCACCAGGGUCUUGACCUGACAGCAGUUCGGCUUGGUAACCGACUUCAGUGGGCAAAUGCUCACCUUCGAUGGCCACUGGCACUCUGGAGAAGUGUCCUCUUCACGGACAAAUCCCGGUUUCAACUGUAUCAGGCAGAUGGCAGACAGCAUGUAUGGCGUCGUGUGGGCGUGCGGUUUGCUGAUGUCAACUUUGUGAACAGUGCCACGUGGUGGCAGUGGGGUUAUGUUUUGGGCACUCAUAAGCUACGGACAACGAACACAAUUGCAUUUUAUCGAUGGCAUUCUGAAUGCACAGAGAUACCAUGAUGAUAUCCUGAGGCCCAUUUUUGUGCCAUUCAUCCGCCGCCAUCGCCUCAUGUUUCAGCAUGAUAAUGCACGGCCCCAUGUCGCAAGGAUCUGUACACAAUUCCUGGAAGCUGAAAAUGUCCCACUUCUUCCAUGGUCUGCAUACUCACCAGACAUGUCACCCAUUGAGUAUGUUUGGGAUGCUCUGGAUUGAUGUGUACAACAGCAUGUUCCAGUUCCCACCAAUAUCUAGCAACUUCGCACAGCCAUUGAAGAGGAGUUGGACAACAUUCCACAGACCAAAAUCAACAGCCUGAUCAACUCUAUGCGAAGGAGAUGUGUCGCGCUGCAUGAUCAACGCCCCUACCUUUUAUAAAAUGUAUCUGUGACCAACAGAUGCAUAAACUACAUAGACAAAAGUAUGUGGACCCCCUUCAAAUUAGUGGAUUCGGCUAUAUCAGCCACACCAAUUGUUGACAGGUGUAUAAAAUCGAGCACACCGCCAUGCAAUCUCCAUAGACAAACAUUGGCAGUAGAAUGGCCUUACUGAAGAGCUCAGUGACUUUCAAUGUGGCACCGUCAUAGGAUGCCACCUUUCCAAUGAAAUGGGUUUCCAUGGCCGAGCAGCCGCACACAAGCCUAAGAUCACCAAUGCGCAAUGCCAAGCGUUGGCUGGAGUGGUGUAAAGCUCGCUGCCAUUGGACUAUGGAGCAGUGGAAACACGUUCUCUGAAGUGAUGAAUCACGCUUCACCAUCUGGCAGUCCAACGGAUUAAUCUGGGUUUGGCGGAUGCCAGGAGAACGCUACCUGCCCCAAUGCAUAGUGCCGGCUGUAAAGUUUGGUGGAGGAGGAAUAAUGGUCAGGGGCUGUUUUUCAUGGUUCGGGGCAGGCCCCCACUUAGUUCCAGUGAAGGGAAAUCUUAACGCUACAGCAUACAAUGACAUUCUAGACGAUUCUGUACUUCCAACUUUGUGGCAAAAAAGUUUCAGCAUGAGAAUGCCCACGUGCACAAAGCGAAGUCCAUACAGAUAUGGUUUGUUGAGAUCGGUUUGGAAGAGCUUGACUGGCCUGACAGAGCCCUGACUUCAACCCCAUUGAACACCUUUGGGAUGAAUUGGAACACUGACUGCGACCCGGGCCUGAUCGCCCAACAUCAGUGCCCGACCUCACUAAUUCUCUUGUGGCUGAAUGGAAGCAAGUCCGCUCAGCAAUGUUCCAACAUCUAGUGGAAAGCCUUCCCAAAAGAGUGGAGGUUUAUUAUAGGGGGGACCAACUCUAUAUUAAUGCCCAUGAUUUUGGAAUGAGAUGUUCGACGAGCAGGUGUCCACAUACUUUGGUCAUGUAGUGUAUCUGUAUUCCCAGUCAUGAAAUCCAUAGAUUAGAGCCUAAUGAAUAUAUUUAGAUUGAUCAAUUUCCUUAUAUGAACUGUAACUCAGUAAAAUCUUUGAAAUUGUUGCAUGUCACGUUUAUAUUUUUGUUCAGUGUAAUUUAAAAAAAGACAAAGGAAUGUAUCUUAGAAUACACAUUACUAUCAUUAGUAUAGUGUUUAUUACUAACACAUACAAAUACACUAUCACAUGCUGUUGCUGUGGUGGCAACUAACAUUUCUUCAUCAUUCUCUUCCACAGGUUGAAUUCAGCAAUAAUUGGGACGCCCAUUACCUUGUUCACCACCAAUUACCGCUACACCCACACACCCACUGUGUCGAGCAGGGGCAGAGGUGAGGACAUGCCACGUCUCAUUCCACAGCUGCUUCACACGGAUAGUCUCCAUACAUACAGAGCAGACACAUAACACCCCAUCGUCAUCAUAGGCUACAACCACACUAGCCCUAAUGUAUACAGCCACACAGUGGUGUGUUUCCUACCCACUCAGAGACAAAGACCAUAAAACAAAAAACAGAAUAGAUCCUCCUUAAGGUCUAUUCAUGGCAGAUAAUGAUGACCAUGGUCCCGUGGGGGUACUAUCCUCCUUGGAUAAUGUAUUUAGAAUGUUAUGUCUUAUAUGUUUAUUUUAUCUGCCACAUCCAAAAGGACAAUCUGAGUGUAUUGUUGUUUUGUUGUCUCCAGACAUCACCCAAGCCAUUCAGGACAUCACCAGUGUCAAGCCUCGCCAGAAGAACAUGGCCAAGAAGGUCCUGAAGAAGAAGGAGAUCAGCCCCAAAGAUGUGAUGGACAGCGGCCAGGAGGAGAGAGUUGGUGGAGCUGAACACAUGGAGGAUGAGAAGCGAGGGGUGGCAGGGGAGGAAGGCGAGUUGAAGAGGGAGGAGCAGAGGUCACUUUACACACCCCAGGACGUGCCAGACGGGGCUCAGAUCAGCAAAGCCUUCGACACACUUUGUAACAUUGUCAGAGACCGAAUGAGAAGGUACAAGAAGCCAGAGCCAAUUGCUGACUUCUACACCAAGGGGCGCUAUGUGCUGGUGACUGGCGAUGGCAGCUACCUCCACCCCCACUUCUACACCUCCAGCCCCUCCGCCGGACACGUCUUCGUCACCAUCCGCAACGGCAUGGUCUCCCCUUAUGACCCCUUCGGCCCCUACACCCCCUCCCCCAACCCCCCUCAUCCCCAGCCUAUGCCACCCCCUGGCCCCCGUACCCCCACCCCACCCUCUGACGGAGAGGGGGGAAAGGGAGACGAUAAGGGCGGAAAAGGUGGUGGGAAGGAGAAAUCUAGGGGCGGAGACCCCGAGCCUAGGCCUAAGGACCCUAGUCCCCCCCCACAGCCCAACCCUGCCCCAGCUCCUGGCCCUAACCCCAAAGGCCCCAGCAAUCCCUCCGGACCCAAGGGGGGUAAAGACGACAGUCGCCGCAGGGGCCCUCCUCCCAUGCCCUCCCCCCGCAGCGCUAGCAGCAUGCCCCCUGACUCCAUGAGCUACGAAAAGGUGGAGCUGGUGGAGUCAGUGGAAAAGUUCUCCAACGACCGCAAGACGAAGGGCUAUGGCUAUGAGGAGACGGCAAUGGUGGUGGAGACCAUGAUCGAGAAGACCAGCAAGAAGAAGAACUGAGUCGUAGAUAAGGUCGACCUUGGCCAAAAGAUCUGGACAGACUCCUCACAAGUUUCACCUCACCUUAUGCCAGUAAGAACAAACACUGAGCCAUUAUGUGACUCUGCUAAAGACACAUUCUAAAGACACUGUUCCCACCCUAUAUGAAACCAACCUUAAAGAGACAUUCCUCACAUAGAGGACUGCUAAAGACUCCUCGCACAUUCCUGAUACUGCUCCUCUAUUCACUCACGCUCUCUGGCUUUGCGUUCAGCAAGCGUUAGCUGGUUCCAAAAUGCUGCUAUUGUUGUUUCUACCUAUGCCGAUACCUUACGCCUUUACUGUCUGAAAACAUGAAGUACGAACAUCAAAACUACAAACCCCCUUGCCACCUCACCCCACAAAAAGUAAAUAAAAACAUGGCUUUGAUGUGUGAAAAAAGUCAAACAUUUUUAUAAAUUGAUUACAUGCUACUGCCAUCAUGGAUGUAUGCCACCCUUCCAAACUAAAC